AUGAUUUAUUUGGAAGGUUUUGUAAGAGAUAAGACCCGGCAAUGCGUGUUGCCGUCCGAAUGUGUGGCCCCACCCGUGCGUCAGGAGAGACGUCUUCCCCGGUAUAGACCAAAGACCACGACAUCACUGGAGACGACGACGACGACCACCGCUAUACCAGCGCCGGGAAAGUGCGGCCGUAAUGAACACUACAGUAAGUGCGGCUCGACAUGCAAUCAGACCUGCGAUACGACACACAACACGCUUUGCAUAGAGGAGUGUAAUGUCGGCUGUUUUUGCGAUGAAGGCCUCCAUAGAAACCUGGAUGGCGUUUGUGUCCCGAAGGAUCAGUGCACGUGUACUCUAUUGGCCGAAGAGUGUGAAUGUGAGGACAGUGUGAAUGAAGAGUACUAUUGGUGUUAUAACGAGUGCGGCAGGACUUGCGGCGAUUGGAAGCAACCGGCAGAUGAUAGGUGUGACAAAUGCUCCAGAGGUUGCUUCUGCAAAGAGGGACUCGCACGGAACGAAAACGGACAGUGCGUUCAGCCAAAAGAGUGUCAAAACUCAUUGGCUGAACCACAAUGUAAGGCCAAUGAAGUAUAUAAGGAGUGCGGGUCUGACUGCGGUCGACACUGUCGAGAAAUGGCCCACAAAUCUGAGGGCCCGUCGCAGUGCUUCUCGUGUAGCGCCGGCUGUUAUUGCGAUCACGGCUUUAUAGCCAGUGUGCUGCCGGCCACACAGGGCCUCAGCGUUACGCACCGGGUUUUGAUAGCUGAGCUCUCCCUCACGCCAGAGUUGCUUCUCAAGAGCAAGACACCGUUGCUCACGCCGUGGUUAACGUCAGACCUACGAAAGCCGGACCUUAAGUGCGGUCACGCGUGUAAUACCGGUUGCUUUUGUAAGAAACGUUUUUAUAGGAAUAAACGCGGCGUUUGUGUCUCAAAGGACAGGUGCGAUGAAAAGGAUUGUCCGGCGGGCGAACAGUUCUCAAAUUGUGGUAAUCAUUGUCGCGAUUCGUGCGAACAAACGACGAUCAAAAAUAGUAAAUGUGGCGACACUUGCGAGUGGGGCUGCUUUUGCCGCAAAGGACUCCACAGGAAUACCGACGGCGUUUGUGUCGCCAAAGAUGAGUGCAUUUCUCGGCCCAAGAGUUUCUCGGCUCUGCAAAUCAGCGCUAUUUGUCCGUUAAAUGAAGAGUACACUGAAUGCGGCAAUUCGUGUCGAGAGCCGUGCGGUGCGACCGCUGUUUGUACGGAGCAGUGCCAGAAGGGCUGCUUCUGUAGUAAAGGCUUUUUUAGGCACAGGUCCGGUCGAUGUGUGUCCAAAGAGCAGUGCCAUGAGUUGGACCAAUGCAUUGAAUGCGAUUUAAGUGAAUACUACUCUAAUUGUGGCUCCGAUUGUGGCAAACAGUGCUCUGAUUUGACAAAAAGUGAUAAAAGCUGUGAAUUAUUCCGUAACACCGAGUUUUACAUCGCGGGCACAGACUGUGGCAAGAAAUGCGCGGAUAGGCUCAACGCAAAGACACUCUCUUAUUGCGAUCUGAAUGUCCGCAAACCGGGCUGUUAUUGCAAAACUGGUUACUUCAGGGACUGGUCGUACAAUUGUGUUCGCGGCAAUCAGUGCGAUAAGGGACGGCCCGCUAAGGGCGGCAAAUCCAAGGCUCUCACCACAGUUAAGCCCAAGACAUGCAAAGCGAGCGAAAUGUUCACCGAUUGUGGCAAUUAUUGUGUUGAAAAUUGCAAAAACAGUGCCAAAGAGCUCUGUCCCCUAAAUAAAUGUGACAUUGGCUGCACGUGUACUGACGGUUACAGUAGAAAUGAUGAUGGUGUAUGCGUGCCAACCGAGAGUAGUUGUGCGCCCAAACAGUCGGACUCAUCACCCAAAGAGUCUAAAGAGUGUCCAUUUGGCGAAGCCUAUCAAAAGUGCGGCAAACGAUGCGCCGAGAGAUGCGGUGUAACCAAAUGUACAAAUGCUGAAAAGUGUUCAGCAGGGUGCUUUUGCAAAUCUGGCUAUGGUCGCAACAUCCAGGGUGUUUGUGUGCCUAAGAAAGACUGCUCAAAGGCUGGUUUCUGCGCUAAGAACGAGGACUUUGAUAUGUGUGGCAACACUUGUGUCGAACUCUGCGAUCCGCCCACAGAAUGUGCGGCCAAAUGCAAACCCGGCUGUUAUUGUCGAAAACCGGAUUACUUUAGGGAUGACGACAAGAAAUGCGUAAAAGACGGCCUAAAGUCCAAAACAUUUAAAAAAGGGGUUUAUUGUCCGGCAAUAGAUCCCGAAACGACACCCAAACCAAAGCUACAAAGCGAGUGCAAAGCCAACGAAAUGUUCAAACCCUGUGGCAGUCUUUGCGGACAGUCUUGCAGUUCACUCAAGAAGGAGUUCGUGUGUCCGCGAAGAAAGAUAUGCAUCAAGGGCUGUUUCUGUGUUGAGGGUUACUAUCGCAACAAAAAGGGCAAAUGUGUGCCCGAAGACGAGUGCGAUUCGGCCGACUCUAACAAAAAGCCCAAAAAGUGUAAAAAAUACGAGAUAUAUAAAGAGUGCGGCAAUCAUUGUGCCGAUCUUUGUACCCCUCCAGCCAUCUGUCCGUACGAAUGUCAGUCCGGAUGCUUUUGUAAGGAUAAAUACUUUCGAAAUAAGGCCGGAGAAUCACUUGUGGAUCACGACAAUGGAGACCCAGAAAAGUGUAAGAGUCCGCUAAAACGGUCCAAAUGUCGCAAGAAUUGUAUCCAGAGUUGCGCUGAAGUGACGGCGAAGAUGAUGUGUCCGCGGCGUAAGGCCUGCAUCGCUGGCUGUUUUUGCAAAGAGGGUCACGUGAAGGACAAGGAUGGCUCGUGUGUACCGGAAGAUGAAUGCCCGGCGCCAUCCAAAGAUCCCAAGUCUCCUAAAUUGGCCAAAGAUGACAACGAAGUGCCCGAUUGUGACGACAACGAGGAGUACUAUCCGUGCGGUGACUAUUGUAUAGAGUUGUGUAAACCCCCGGAAUCGUGCAAAAGAAAGUGCAAAUCCGGCUGUUUUUGCAAACGAUAUUUCUAUCGAAACGACAAAGGAGUUUGUGUUCCCGCAGAUAAAUGUCCGAACCGUAUGAAAAAGAGUCCUUCGGACGGGAAAGUGGGACCAAAUGCCUGCAAGAAGAAGAACGAGGAGUACUCGACGUGCGGUCGACCCAAAUGUCACUCAUGUCUAGAGCUGUCGAAGCACUUGAUGUGUCCGAACCGACAGAGUUGUGAAACGGGAUGUUUCUGUAGGGGAGGCUUCUAUCGGACGACUGACGGCGAUUGCGUUCCCCUUUCGCAAUGCAUACCAAAAGUACCCGACUUUAAACAGUUGGCCACAACUACCCCGCGAUCUAAAGACGCCGACUGCAAGGACAACGAACACUACGAGGAUUGCGGCGAUCAUUGCAUAGAGCUCUGCAAACCGCCCGACUCUUGCGACGCCCAAUGCGAUAAGGGAUGCUUUUGUGAUAAAGGCUAUUACAGAGACAAGGAAAAUGGCGAUUGUGUGCCCGAAAAGAGAUGUCCCGAUUAUGAGGAGGAAGUGACAGAAAGUCUAAGAGUGAAGAUUAAAAUAAAGCUUAAGUGCGAAGACGGAGAGAUAUACUCGGAGUGCGGCACUCGUUGCGGACAAAUGUGUAGCGAUUUGUUUAAAUCAACCAUUUGUCCGAAGAAAGGAUUGUGUGUGACCGGUUGUUACUGUCCGGAAGGCUAUUAUCGUAACAAUAAGGGCAAAUGUGUUGUCCCGAGUCAUUGCACAGAUGACAGACCGCCGCCGGAGAAGGAGUUGAAGUGCGGCGAACACGAGGCCUACAACAAGUGCGGCGACCGGUGCUCACAGACCUGCGAGACUCAGAUGUUGAACAUGACGUGCCCUCAAAGCAAGUGCAGCGCCGGCUGUUUCUGCACCGAAGGCUUCUUUAAGGACGCGUUCGGCAAUUGUGUGGCUCUUAAAGACUGUCCCGAGACUACCGUUUUGGACAAACCGUUGCCAAUGAAGUGCGAGUUAAACGAAGAGUUCAAAGAGUGUGGCAAACGGUGCGGACAGACCUGUCAGGAGUCGUUGGAUAACGUCCAGUGCGACCGACAAAGGGCUUGCGUUAUCGGCUGCUUCUGUAAGAAAGGACACCUCAGGAACAGUGAUGGCAAAUGUGUGCUCAAAGAAGAUUGUCCAAAAGAUAAACCGAAAGAGAAGUUAGACAUAAAGUGCGAACAGAAUGAAGAAUAUUCCAAAUGUAACGCCCGGUGCGCUCAGGGGUGCGACGAUUUGGGCAGUAAAGUGGUUUGUCCUAAAGAGUUACAAUGUGCCUCCGGGUGCUUUUGCAAAGCGGGCUUUUUUCGCAAUGAAAUGGGCGAUUGCGUACCGGAGUCCGAGUGCCCCGAUGUGGGUCCGCCCACAUCUGUGGCCAAACCAAAGCUGGAUUGCGGCGAGAAUGAGGAGUACAACGAGUGCGGCACACGUUGUGGUCAGGCCUGCGAAGAGUUGGGUCGACGGGUUGUUUGCUCUAAGAGACGAAUCUGCAUUAGCGGGUGUUUCUGUGUUGAGGGCUUUUUCAGAAACGAUGCGGGCGUUUGCGUACCAAUGCUGGAGUGCCCGUCCAUAUCGCCGCCCAAACGGGCGCCGCCCAGUUGUGACGCCAAUGAAGACUAUAAUGAAUGCGGCCAUCGAUGCGGUCAGUCGUGCGAAGACUUCCACAGCAAGAAACAGUGUCCCGCAAAACAGUCCUGUGUUUCGGGUUGUUUUUGUAAUAACGACCACAAACGGGACCACAACGGAGAGUGCGUUUCCGAAGACAAGUGUCCGGCGCCUCAAAAGGACGCCAAGAGUGACGUGAAGUGCAGCGCGAAUGAGCACUACUCGGACUGCGGCUCGCGUUGCGGUCAGGGAUGCGAAGACUUGGCGCACCCGACGCUGUGUCCGAAGAACAAGAUGUGUGUUUCCGGCUGUUUCUGUUUGGAUGGCUUCCACCGCAACGAAGUUGGAGAUUGUGUGCCGCACGACAAGUGUCCGGCCAUUCCGACCGACACCACCCGACCCAAGGAGUGCGGAGCCAACGAAGUAUUUACCGAUUGCGGCACUCAUUGCGGCCAAAAGUGCGAUGAGUUGGGUCAGGGCGUGUUGUGUCCGCGCAAACGGCUCUGCAUUCGGGGCUGUUUUUGUAAGAAAGGCUUCUUCAGGGAUGUGAACGACGAUUGCGUUCCGCAAAAACAGUGCUCAGAGAAGAAGGAGAAAAAGGAGAAGAAAGCGGACGACAAAAAGGAGGACAAAAAUGAUGACAAAGACGACGGCGGAGACGAUAAGGAAGAGAAGUUAGACGACAGUGAGAUCGGGAACGAAAAGGCGGCCCCAACUGCUGCCGCGGCUGAAGAAUCGACGACAACAACGGAAACCACAACAUCGGCGACGAGUGACGAGACGACGACCACAACCACACCAUCGGAAGAGUAA